AUGCAGCUCCCCGUCGUCCUCGUCUCCCUCUUCGCCCUCGCCGUCUCGGCCGUCCCCGCGGCCAUCGAGAAGCGCUCCACCACCUGCGGCAGCACCACCUACUCCACCGCCCAGGUCAACGCCGCCUCCAACGCCGCCUGCACGCACGUCAAGGCCGGCACCGUCGCCGGCUCCUCCACCUACCCCCACCGCUACAACAACUACGAGGGCUUCGACUUCGACGUCAGCGGCCCGUGGUACGAGUUCCCCAUCAAGACCAGCGGCGUCUACACCGGAGGCUCCCCCGGCGCCGACCGUGUCGUCAUCAACGCCAGCUGCGGACAGGCCGGCCAGAUCACCCACACCGGUGCCAGCGGCAACAACUUCGUCGGCUGCUCUGGCACUUCUUAG